AUGGCAUCAUCCUACGCCUUGCCAUCCUCCGCCUUGCCGCACGCCCACCAUCAUCACAUGCACUCCCACUCCCACUCGCCGCCGUCUCUCCAUGCUUUGAAGUCGACAAUGUCCAACGGCGGGCUGCACACUCACAGCCAGAGCCAAGACUCAAUUGGCAGCGGCCACAACCACGAUCACGAUCACUCACACAAUCACAAUGGCCACACGCACGGCGGCCACUCGCACUACCGUGCGAACUCGAGCCAAUCCUCCUUUCCUCGAGAAAAAGCGCCGCCUCAAUCGCUCGCGACAAUGGACGGCUGGAAGACGGACAUUACGCCAAGCGGACGCCAGCUGUUGACCCCCACGACAGGAUCUUUCUCAGCAACGUUCCAGCCUCUCAACGGCACGACAACGACGACGACGACGAUAGACCAUCACCACCACCAUGAACACGAUCACUCCCAUGAUCACGAGCACAAUCACUCCCAUGAUCACGAUCACGGCCAUUGCGAUGGGCAUGGCCAUCAUGGUCAUUCGCACGCUCACGGCCACGGCCACAACCACUCGCACGAUCACGACCACGCGAAACCGUCAUUGUUCACAAGGGUUCUGCUGAAGUACACGCCAGCCAUCCCGGUCCUUCACACCAUUCUCGUCGAGAAGGACUCGAGGAGGAUUUUCUACUUCAUGACUCUCAACUUCGGCUUCAUGGCCGUGCAGGCCUUUUACGGCUACGUCACCGAUUCUCUCGGUCUACUGAGCGACACGAUCCACAUGUUCUUCGACUGCUUCGCCCUCUUCGUCGGACUUUGCGCCGCGGUCACAAGCAAGUGGCCUCAGAGCCAGCGUUUUCCCUUUGGGUUGGGGAAGAUCGAGACGCUGAGCGGCUUCGCCAACGGCAUCUUGCUGAUGCUGCUGAGCGUCGAAAUCAUUGUGGAGGCUUUUGAGCGGAUAUGGGAAGGCCAGGAACUCCACCGACUGCGAGAGCUUCUGAUUGUCAGCUUUCUCGGCGGCGUCAUCAAUCUGCUGGGUCUAUGGGGCUUCGGCCAUCAUCAUCACGGGCACGACCACGGCCAUGGGCACUCCCAUUCACACGGCGAACAUGACCACGGACACGAUCACUCACACGGGAAGAAGCAUAGCCACGCGCACUCGCAUCACAACGACAACAUGGAGGGCAUCUUUCUGCACGUUUUAGCCGACACAAUGGGCAGCGCGUCGGUGGUGGUGUCGACGAUCCUGACGUACUACACUGGAUGGACGUUUUGGGACCCGCUGGCAUCGUGCGCGAUCGCAGUGCUCAUCUUCCUCGCGUCGAUCCCGCUCAUCAAGUCGUCGGCGCGCAACCUGAUGCUUAACGUGCCAGACGACGUUGAGUACAAUCUGCGCAACACGCUCGCUGGGAUCCUACAGCAAAAGGGCGUCGUCAACUACUCGGUGCCCAAGUUCUGGAUGGAUGACCGGAGCAGCGAGGACUCGGGCGACAAGCUGCAGGGCAUCGUGCACGUGGUAGCGGGCCGGGGCGCCAGCUUGGACGAGGUGCGGGAUCGGGUGCGGGACUACCUCCUUAAGAACUCGAUGGACAUUGUGGUGCAGGUCGAGAGGGAGGGCGACAGCAGUUGCUGGUGCGGCGUGGGACGGUCGACGGGGCUGGCUACGACGCCGCUCAAGGCGAGGGCUUUCUAG